CAAUUCAGCUGCAUGUGGAAUGGAGGGGAGCUUGCUGUUUUCUGUAUUGGGCUCAGAGCAGUUGUGCAGGCACAGAUACCCACCCAGCUGCCUGGUCAGCUCUUAGCACUGGCAGUUACUCUGAGCUGGCUGUCUUGUUGUCAUGGCUGUUGGCCUCUAAAGAAAGCAGUGCUGCUGUGUUUUCCUCCUGGUGAGGCUCUGCCUGCAUAGUAGCAGGGCAAGAGAGCUUUAAAUCUGACCCACCUUGUCACUGAUGGUCUCUGUGUGCCUGUGGUUGUCCCCUGUGCCUUCUGAACAAAGGGUGCAGAAUCUGUUUUACCUUAUCAGCGGGGUGUUGGGGCCCAUGGGCUCUGUUAAAGCCAGGAUUGCCUGGGUUUGGUGGCAAACUUGGGAACAGAGCUCGGCUCUGAACGUGCCCAUGAUUUAUCUACUUGACCACGUUACUUACGCUCUACAAAUUGCUUUAAGUCUCUGAGUCUGCCUGUGUCUGUUGUGUCAAGCUAUCUUUGCCACCUUUGCAGUGUGUACAGAGUUGUGAAGACCUGAACAGAAAUUCUGGUUUAGUGGCUCACUGAUAAAAACACUGGGUGAGAUCAAGCAGUGCAGAGCAUUUUUCAGGUUGCUCAGAGCUCUGCUUUCUGCAUUUUACUAAACUGACUUCUUCAGGUGUCGUGAUAUCACUGUUCCACUGCCUGAGAAAUGGCAAUGUUCUAUCUAUGUACCAAUCUGGAUUUGUUUGAGGAUUGAUUAGAAAUGUAUUUGCAGUGUAAUAUAAAACCAAGUUGUAUCCUGCUGAGGUGAGCAGGCCCAGCCUCAGCAGAGACAGCUGGUACAAUGGACAGUGUAUGGAGAAAUUCUUUUCAGAACUUAUGAUGGUGGAAGUUUUCCACCACAUUUUAUAUGUAUGAAUGAGGAAAAAAAAAGUAAACUUCAGGUCAAAAUGAUUUGACAGCUUGUUAGCAAGAAAACACUUUCUUCUGCCUCUUGAAAAUAAUAAUUUUAUAUAUAUAUGCAUAUAUAAAAAAGUAUUUAACCUUCUUGUGGUUGGGGGAUAGAAGGUUGAAACUGUCAGGCAAAUAGCCACCAUGCAGCAGAAAUGCUUCUGAAUGCUUUAGUGAAAGGCAGCUUUGAUUUGACAGCUAUGAGGCUUUGAAAGUAGCGCUGUGUUUACAGAGCACAGUAAAUACUUUGAAGUGCGUUCGGCUGUGCUGUACAUGCGUGGCUAACUAGAGGAAUAUUAAAUGCCUACAUCUUGUGUUGAGUGAGGGAGGAUCCUGCAGCAAUUGGAAUUGCAUGCUCCUCGUACUUUUAGAAGAUCGUGUCAAAGCAGUAGAUUUGAUAAUAGACCUGAUUAUACAAUUGCUUAAUUUCUUGUCAAAAUAACAUUUUUACGUGCAGUGUUCUGAGAUCUUUGAGGUGACCUCAUGUUAUUUAUCAAAUGUCAGUUUUUCAUCCCAGCAGCUUUGAUAUCAUCAUGUAGCAUCGUGGAGUAGUGUGUACAUGCAGUUUUUGCUUGCUGGAGUUCUUUGAAGUGCCUUACUCCUUAGAAGAGUCAUUGCUGUGUGGAGGAUCCUGCAUUUAAUAGCUGGGAAGCCAGUGUGGAAUCACUGCAUGGUGUCACUGAGGGUCCUGCUGCUCUCACGUGCCCCAUGUGGGUCUGAAAGCAAGGGCAUGAGGGGUUCAGUGCUCCAGGGACACAUUUCACCCAGCAGUGAGCUGCAGGGAUGCAGUAACUCUUCAGCUCUGCUCCCAUGGGCAUGCCGGGUUUGUGGUGUUGAGAUCCCCAGGUGCCUGAGAACAGCAGGGAGGGCUCAUGCAGAGGAGCAGAGCUGCUGGUGACAAUCCUGAACGAAAACUGGUCUGGCAGGCGCUGCUGGAAGGUGGUGAUGCUCAGGGGGGCCUUGGCAAAGAGCUCAUUUGGGAGGAGGGAGAGCAGAGCUGUGAAGGUGAAGGUUCCCAUGAAGGAAGGUGUAUGGCUCACCAGCAAUUCUGGCUGGUGUCUGUGUCGUGUCCCCUUGCAGCACAGUGGGGAAUUACUGCUUGCUGUAGCACUGGGCUUUUCUCACAGGAGCUCUGUCCUGUACUGACCCAUCCCAGCCCCACUUAGCUUAUGAGAACUGACAGGACUGCAGCCCAAGGAGCUGUGCCCGAGGAUUGCUGCUUAUCUUCCAUUCUGGGAGCCUGUUGAAGGGAUGCCGAAAGGGAAGGAAAAAGCAUUUGGGUUUUUUCUGUGCUGAACUGAUUAGUGACUUGUUUUUCCCAAGCCUUUUGUUCAAGCAGUGUGGUGUUAAUACUUGUAGAAGAGCAAACUGCUGUCUCCUUCAUCCUGUCUCCCCAUCCAGUAUUUCAGCAUAUUUUCCCCCAGCCCCUUUCAACAGAUUAGUUUCUAGAGAAUGGCUUGCUGGCAAGUUUGACACAGGUGUCUUUUACCUGUGGUUGUUCAUGCUGAUGUCCCUAUUUAAAUUUUUCAAAAAACAAACCCAGAGAAGUAAGAGGAAGGAGAUUGCCUGUUUCUCCUAACUCCUGAAAAGUAAAUGAAGUUGUGACAGAAGCCAAAGCUAUGAAAGCAGGCCACAGAGAACUCUCAUUACCCACUGGACUCCUGCAUGCAAUGCUGACUGAUGCUAAGGCUAUUAACUGCUAACAUGGCAUGGAAAGCUGCAGAAGCCUGUCAUAUAUUAGGGAAAUACUGUUAAAAUGUUUCUUAAAAAAUCCCUUAUAGUUUGAGCUUUUGAUCUUUAUCGGUGUUUACAAUAGCUGGCACUCCAUGGCAGCCCGGCUGCUGCUCAGGUGAGCCACCCUCCACGCAGGGAGCUCCAAACUGCACUUGUAAAGCACAUGGGCUGCUCCCAGCCCUGCUAACAGAGGUGGAGCUGCAGUGGUGUUGGCAGCUGUGCCAGGCUGAGCUGAGGUCAGCGCCAUGUCGUGACAGGGAGCGCGACCGACGGCGCCCCGGCCGCCCCGCACCUGCCAGGGCCACUGCUGAGGCUGAAAUGGCAGGAACGCUGAAGGGAAGUGCUCAUCAUGUUCCUGUGCAGAAGCAGAUAGCUCUAACUUAGGCUUUGAGCACUUUUUUUAAAGAAUUUUUCUUUUGGCUUUUUCCCCAGACUGAUUUCUGGAACUGUGUCAGAAUCUGCCAAGAGCUUGUUCCAGUCCCAAGUGAACCAAGUAGUUCAAGUGUUUUUUACAUAAUAGAGAGCUUUUCAAUUUCCCAUCUGCUGUUUGUCUGUGUACACCUUGAAUUUGAUCACCAGCAUCUCUUAGUGUCCUUGGUGAAGGAGUUUUACAGAGUCAGAAGCUGUCUAGGACAGCCAUGCAUCCCUGUUGAUUAAUAAUGCACUGAAAUGUUGUUAAAUACAUUAAAAAUAAGUUUAAUGGACAUACAGUCGUCUGUUUGACAAGAAGUGUUAGUGUUAUUCACAACUCUUGAAAGUUACGCUUGUGAGAGUAGCGGGCAACAUGUCUGUUGCAAAAGACUGUUUUAGAAUGAUUUUUUAAAAGUACCUAAAAAGAGUGAUUACUUAUACAGCCUCUAUAUCAUGGCUACUGUUGGUUAUCCAUGUACUUCUCAGAAGGAAGAGAAUAGUUGCUAGAGAUACCAUUUUCUCAGAAAAGGGGAUAGUGACAUGAGAAACCCUUAAAAGACUUAAUUCUCUGAGCCUCUGAGUUUGUACUGUGCUCUGUCAGUGAUUGUCUUCACUGCAUGUUUUGAGGAUGUAGAGCAAAAGUUUGGAUUUUCUGUGCCCUUUGCUGUUUUGAAUGGACUUCAGGAGAGAUUUGCUCUUUGGGAAAGGUCCCCAUCUGUGGUGAUGGGGAGGGAGGCAGUAUGGGAGGAAGGGUGUCUGUGCUGUCGUAUUUGAGAGGUGUGCAUGGGCAGGCACAGGUAGGCUCAGCAGAGCUGCACUGUGUGACCACACUGUACUGCAUUUGCAUAGGUCUGAUUAAAUAUUCUUACAGUUUCUGGGAGGCUUAUCCUGUGGUCCUCAAUUCUUACAUCAAAUGAAACACCUCAAGGGAACUUCUCUCCAUGUAAUGGCAUAGAUUCUUGCAUGCCCUUUUCCUGUCUGUGUCUGUUGGUCUUCAAGGUGCUAAUUUUAGGUGAAUCUGUGUUUCUCUGUGCUUCAGGGCUGGAUCUAGUUGUGGGCAAUAACCCACUCAUUUAGAGAUGCUUACACACCACCACAGGAGAAGGUAUUGUCCCUGUGGAGGUUGCAGUGCUGCCUGGUGGAGAUUGUGUAGCCCCCACGUUCGUGUCACCUCAGCUUAUUUUAAUACAAGUUCUUGAUUAUUCUGUUUAUUGAGACUAAUUUCUAGUAUAAAACUGUGAACGUAGAGAGAAUCCUGUGCAGACUUUGGAACAGCAGUGAUUUCUCUGAUGUGGGAAGAUGGAAUUCUCUGGGAAACAGUGAGAACUUUGUGUCUCAUUUUUAGUUGUUAUGACAUGAGCAUAGGCAAGUCCACACUGUUUUGGGGUAAGUGAGGACCAUCUAGAAAAUGAUGAUUGCCUGUGAGUUGUUAUCUAAUCACCUUAGAUGAACAACUUAUCUCUACCUAUUUUUAGGUGUCCAAGUUACCUAUCUGAAGGUACCUGAGGUAUUUUCUGCUUGUUUAUGAAAAGGGGCAGAGGGACCUGGCAGAAGAUGGGCACAAAAAUAUUUCAAUAAGCAUAAGUCUAUCCAUGCCUUUGCCAUCAGUCAGCACUGCCUCCUUUGUGCCACUGAGCACAUGGACACCUUGUGGGAUGAAACAGGAAAUUUGUCUCCUAAAUAUUAUUUAUAACUUCACAAGUGCUGGAUGGGAUAGAGUUGGAUUGGCUUACCCUGGUUGAAGCUUUCCUGGGUCCGGUACAGAGCUGGUGUGGCAGAAGGCAAGGUUGCAUUUUUGACAGACCUAUUUGAAUGAUGAUGGGUUCAAUCCCAGUAGUGUGACAGGCAUGUGCUUUAUCCAUUCCUGGGAAAGGAUGAGGAGGACAGCUUUUGCUAGGAGGCAGAGACAGAUUUAAAGGUGUAUUUAAUAGCCCCUGUCUAAAAAUUUGGACUACUUCAAGGGAUUGAAGUGUCUUGUGUCCCUCCAUCCUCAAGUGUCAGAGGGAGAUGUAUGGGGUGUAGAACAUUCAUGUCAUUUUAUCUGUUUGCUUUUACAUGAUCUUAAGGAAGUCAGACAGCUCAAUAAAAGCUUUGAAUAACACUGCCCGUGUCCUCCUUGUUUGCCAGUCGCUCUCCUUAUCAAUGAGGUGUGUAUUAAACAGCAGCUUAUUAAAAAGUAAUGUGCAGCUCAGCUGCAAGUGUGUGAAAUAAGCAAAUGCUCAACAAAACUGCUAAGUGCAGCACGUGCUGAACACCAGUGGUAGCUCUUGGCUGUAGUGGAGUCACCUCUUGCCAGUGCAGCUCUUCUCCCUCUCAUGUGGUUGAAUGAGGGUCGGAGGAAUUGGAGGUGCCCUUCCCAGUGAGAAUGUGCUGAAGGAGCGCGUUGGCUGAUUCACUGCCUUGCCCCACCUCUCAGGUCACACAGGGAAUCCACUGGUGGAUGCACUUGCACAAGUUUGCUUCCUGGUGGCUCUCAGGAUCAGUGGUUGCUCAAAUUCCUCCUGCUGCUGCUAUUCUUGGUUCCUUCUAAAGCUUCUGUUCUUCACUGAGCAAAUCUCUCAUCCCACUCUCUCUCCUUCCUUACCCACUCCACUGUCACAGAUACAAUUCAGGGUGCAGGCUCAGCUUGCAUUCAGAGUUAUCAUUUGUUUUCUGCAUCAGCAGGUCUCCAGCCUUUUUUCUUUUUCCAUGCUGAUUUUGAGCUCUCACCACCCUCAGUCCAGCACAGACUGACAGUCUCAGAAAGGCCAUGGGGAAAAUAGCAGUGUGCUCUUUCUUGUAUGCAGAGAAAGGUUUCUUGCCUUUAAUGCUUCGUGUCACAGUCAGGCCACAAGUCUGAUACUUUUAUCUGCUUGGUAUGCUUUUAUUUCAUCUCUCCACAUUCUCCUCCUCAAAGAGGGAGAAAAGACUGAAGUGAAUCAGUGAUAACUGCAGCUGUUCCUGCUGGAACAGCCAUAAUGCUGUAUACCUCCAAGUACUUGACCACUUGUCACUAUCAAGCCUCUUCAGCUUAAGGCCAUAAAAUAGGAAUUAGCUAGUUGAAUUAUUUCAAGCUAACCUUCUGUUUGCAGUGCAGUAAUAUGGUGGCUGGUUUUUAGAAGUACAGGGGUGGUCAGAAGAUUUAACUGAAAGGUAAACUGAGAUGUGCAUUUGUAUCUCAUUAGUUACUGUGUGGUAGCUGCUUUGUGUGCGUGCUGUCAGCCUUUUGCCCUUAAAUUCACUGUGAAGCAAACUGCCUUGUGCUGACAGGGCUCAGGCCGUGCAGGUGAGCAGCAGAGAUGGGGCACAAGGGAAUGGAAUUACAGUGCAGUAACUGGGUAGCUAAAAGAUGGAUGGUGCCCCUCUUGCAGUCCUGAGCUAUGGUCUGCAAGGCUGGGAUUGAACGUUUCAAGGAACAGAGCUCUGAGCAAUGUCUGUGAUACAUUCUCUCCCUCCUGGUGUGUGCUGGUGUUCCCAGGCUUUCCUCUUCCAGGGAAAUGUGAUUCCUGUCCCUGCUCUGGUAGAGGUGUGUCAGUAUUGGCACUGGCAUGGCUUAGCCUGUGUUGUUUCGUUGGGUGGGGUGGGGGAAAGGGGAGAGGAGAUAGCACAGGGUAAUUGGAUUCAGGGAUGAUUGUGCUGCUGUGCUGAGUUUUACUGGAUGAAGCAGCUUGUUGCGAUAGGUGUUUGUUUCAGCUGCUGUCUGCAGGUGUGACUUGGCUAGAUAAGGAUGGUCUAUCACCUUGAUGAUUUCAUUGUUUGAUUUGGCUGGACUGGGUGGAGAAUGUAGCUGCAUUGUUUGGGACUAGCUUUGUAGUUUGGUUUUGUGAAGUGAAUUACAUGGCAGCACAUUGCUACAUUAUUAAGGUGAAGCUGCAGGAGAUAAUAGUUGGAGAAUGUUGGAGGGAAGAGAAUCUGCACAGGCUUUCACAAUGCAUAACUAGUUGAGCCUCCAGCUGCUGGGUUUCUGUCAGGAGAUCUGGUCAGCAGAAUGCAUUGGGAUUGCACAGAAAAAUUUCGGUGGUGAUUUCAGUUUGCAGUUGUACUUUAACUGCAAGGCUGUCCAUGCUGUGUAAAUAGCUGAGAGUGCUCUGAGGUAGCACGCUGGCCCUGACAGCAUGAGUGUUGUCUGGAUUCAUACUGUCUUGCAGCCUCUACAGUUUUCACAGUGGGUGAGGGAGAAGCUGGCAGGUCACUGCUGGUUUUUUUGCUAACCUCAAAUUUAGCAGUAAGCUGCUCUUCAGAGCCUGUGUUUCCUUGUAUUGCUGAACGUUCAGGCACUUAAACUUGCUUUGUAUUCUCCUCCUCCUGUAGGGUAUGCAGUGAUGUGAAGUAGGAGCUGCCAGAGCAGUAGAUAGUGCUUCCUCCUUCUAAAACCUGCCUGGUUUUCCCCUAGAUGUGAUUGCCUGGCUUUUCCUGAUAUUUGAUGUUUCUGUUUAUACAUUGUCUGGCUGUGGAGGAGGUUGCAUAUAUGAAGCACAAGGGUUUGGCAGGAGUUGCUGGGCACAUUGUGAGGGGAAGGUGAGCCUUUGAAGAGAGGUGGGUGCAGAGAAGGGAAGAUGACAUGCCCAAGCUUUGUGCCAGCUUCUCUAAGCACAGAUGAGCUCAUGGGAAUCCAGCUGGCUAAACUUGGGAGUUUAUUUCCCUAUUUCCCCUCCAUGGGCAGCUGUGUCUUCCAGUGGAUCUUCAAUGUCUUCCAGUCUGGUGGUGGCUUCUUGGGUGCUGAUAAAUCUUUCCAGGCUGAGCAGAGGCUUCCCCUUGGUGGUUCAGAGCAGCUUUUGAUUUCUCUGCUUCUGUGGUUGAGUGAUUGGAAGGGGUGUACAGCUUAUCUGUGAGUUCUUAUUGGUGAAACCUUUUCUCUCCUUUUUCCAGGUGACUGUUUUUUGUGAGACAAGUGGUUUGCAACUCAUGGCCUCCACGAUGAGUACUGCAGUGUCGUGACACCAGGGGUCUUGUGUGCCCUGGAGAUGCGAGACUUCCCCUGGGCAGCAGGAGGCACGCAUCUAGAGAAUGCUGGAGCUGCAGGAGGGAAGUGGCCAGUGCAAAAGCAGCGAGGAGCCAAGAGAAAAAAGGCAAGCAGGCAGCCAGCACUGAGAGGAGCGGGCGGCAGGAAGCGCUUCGACGCUGCCUCUGGCGGCACACGCUCCCCAGAGGAACUUGACGAGAGCCCAUCUGCGUGUGUGUGAGACUGUGAGCUCAGGAUUUCUGUCAAUGCAUUCCAGUAACCCCAAAGUGAGGAACUCCCCGUCAGGCAACACACAGAGUAGCCCCAAAUCAAAGCAGGAGGUGAUGGUCCGUCCCCCUACAGUGAUGUCCCCGUCUGGCAACCCUCAGCUGGAUUCCAAAUUUUCCAACCAAGGCAAACAAGGGGGCUCCACCAGCCAAUCUCAGCCCUCUCCCUGUGACCCCAAAAGUGGAGGUCACACCCCCAAAGUGCUCCCGGGCCCGGGUGGGAGUAUGGGGCUGAAGAAUGGGGCUGGAAAUGGUGCCAAGGGGAAGGGGAAGAGAGAGAGGAGCAUUUCAGCAGACUCCUUUGAACAGAGGGAAGCUGGGACUCCCAAUGAUGACCCAGAAAUCAAAGACUGCAAUUCUGCUGAUCAUGUGAAGUCCCAGGAGUCUCAGCACACACCACACUCCAUGACUCCUUCAAAUGCUUCAGCCCCAAGGUCUUCCACACCUUCCCAUGGUCUAACUGCCACUUUGGAGCCAGCAAGUGGGCAGAAGACUCCAUCCAAAGUGGUUUACGUCUUUUCUACUGAGAUGGCCAACAAGGCUGCAGAAGCUGUGCUGAAGGGACAGGUGGAAACCAUCGUGUCCUUUCAUAUCCAGAACAUCUCAAACAGCAAGGUGGAACGAAACACUGUACCCUUGAAUCCUCAGAUCACUGCACUUCGGACUGAACCCAAGGCCCUGCCACAGCCCCAGCCCCCUGCUGCCCAGGACCAGAACCCUCCCCAGAAUGCCAAAAUGCAGCCGACCCCGCCCGUGUCAGCGCCAGUAUCCAAACCCACCGGCCCCCCAUGUCCCAUAGAUCAGGACAGUCCCAGUGUGGAAAGCAAAGUGAUGUCUGUGGGCAGCCCUGCCAACUCUACCCCAUUGCAGACAGAAGGAUUUGGGCAGAGUUCAACCCCCAAUAAUCGAGCGGUUAGCCCAGUUUCCCAAGGUAGCAAUAGCUCUGCUGCAGACCCCAAAGGCCCUCCCCAGCAGGGGUCUGGUGGGGACCCAUCCAGCUUGGGUGAGAACCCCGAUGGACUGUCCCAGGAGCAGCUGGAGCACCGAGAGCGCUCGUUGCAGACCCUGCGGGACAUCCAGCGCAUGCUCUUCCCCGAUGAGAAGGAGUUUGCAGGAGGGCAGAGUGGGGGGCCACCCCCAAACGCUGGGGUGCUGGAUGGUCCCCAAAAGAAACCCGAAGGGCCGAUACAGGCUAUGAUGGCUCAAUCCCAAAGUUUAGGCAAAGGGUCGGGGUCUCGGACAGAUGGAGGGGCUCCGUUUGGCCCUCAAGGACACAGGGACAUGCCUUUUUCCCCAGAUGAAAUGGGGCCACCACCAAUGAACUCCCAGUCAGGAGCCAUAGGCCCAGACCACCUGGACCACAUGACUCCUGAGCAGGUGGCCUGGCUCAAGCUGCAGCAGGAGUUUUACGAGGAGAAGAGAAGGAAGCAAGAGCAGGUGGUUGUGCAGCAGUGUUCCCUGCAGGACAUGAUGGUCCACCAGCACGGGCCUCGUGGCAUGGUCCGAGGUCCUCCCCCUCCCUACCAGAUGACCCCUGGUGAGGGCUGGGGACCUGGGGGUCCGGAGCCCUUCCCUGAAGGCAUGAACAUGUCCCACUCUCUGCCCCCCAGGGGCAUGGCCCCUCAUCCCAACGUGCCCGGGAGCCAGAUGCGCCUGCCUGGUUUUGCAGGAAUGAUGAACCCUGACAUGGAAGGCCCCAGUGUCCCGAAUCCCGCCUCACGGCCUGGGCUUUCUGGAGUUAGUUGGCCAGAUGAUGUGCCAAAAAUCCCAGAUGGGCGAAACUUCCCUCCUGGUCAGGGUGUCUUCAGUGGCCCUGGCCGAGGGGAGCGAUUCCCCAAUCCGCAGGGUCUGCCUGAAGAGCUCUAUCAGCAGCAGCUGGCUGAGAAACAGAUGGGCCUCCCUCCUGGUCUGAACAUGGAAGGCAUCAGGCCCGGCAUGGAGAUCAACAGAAUGAUGCCCUCCCAGAGACACAUGGAGCCUGGGAACAACCCCAUCUUCCCUCGCAUGCCGGUAGAAGGACCGAUGAGCCCAUCUAGGGGGGACUUCCCAAAAGGAAUGCCCCCACAAAUGGCUUCUAGCAGGGAGCUGGAGUUUGGGAUGGGCCCUGGCAGCAUGAAGGGGGACAUGGGCAUGAAUGUCAGCAUGGGCUCCAAUCCACCCCUGGUCCCUCAGAAGCUGAGGGAGGCAGGAGUUGGGCCGGAAGAGAUGAUGAAGCUGCGCCCCGGCGUGUCGGAGAUGCUCUCCUCUCAGCAGAAGAUGGUGCCGCUGCCGUUUGGGGAGCACCCGCAGCAGGAGUAUGGCAUGGGUCCCAGGCCUUUCCUUCCCAUGUCUCAGGGCCCGGGAGUCGGUCUGCGGAAUCUCAGAGAACAGAUGGGGCCUGACCAAAGGACUAACAACCGGCUCAGCCACAUGCCGCCACUACCUCUCAAUCCCACCAGUAACCCGAAUAGCCUCAACACUGCUCCCCCUGCACAGCGCAGCCUCGGCCGCAAGCCCUUGGAUAUCUCUGCGGCUGGCCAGGUGCAUUCGCCAGGCAUCAACCCCCUCAAGUCCCCCACCAUGCGCCAGGUCCAGUCUCCCAUGAUGGGGUCUCCCUCGGGGAACCUCAAGUCCCCUCAGACGCCCUCCCAGCUGGCAGGAAUGCUCGCGGGCCCCACUGCCGCAGCUGCUGCUGCCUCCAUUAAAUCCCCCCCUGUCUUGGGGUCUGCUGCUGCUUCUCCUGUCCACCUCAAGUCUCCGUCUCUCCCCGCACCUUCUCCUGGAUGGACUUCAUCUCCAAAGCCUCCUUUGCAGAGCCCUGGCAUUCCCCCGAACCACAAGGCGUCUCUAACCAUGUCUUCUCCAGCCAUGCUGGGGAACGUGGAGUCGGGUGGUCCACCUCCUUCCACAGUCAGCCAGUCUGCUCCUGCGACUCUCCCUGGAAAUCUUCCCUCUAGCAGUCCUUACACAAUGCCUCCAGAGCCAACCCUGUCCCAGAAUCCCCUCUCCAUUAUGAUGUCCAGGAUGUCCAAAUUUGCCAUGCCCAGCUCUACACCGCUCUAUCAUGAUGCCAUCAAAACUGUGGCCAGCUCGGAUGACGACUCCCCUCCAGCGCGCUCCCCAAACUUGCCACCUAUGAACAGCGUACCAGGUCCAAACCCAGUGGGUCCAAUGCCAACCCUUAGCCCAAUGGGAAUGACCCAGCCUCUUUCCCAUAACAACCAGAUGCCCUCUCCAAAUGCGAUGGGACCCAAUAUACCUCCUCACGGGGUCCCCGUGGGACCCGGCCUGAUGUCACACAACCCAAUGAUGGGGCAUGGUUCCCAGGAGUCUCCAAUGGUACCUCAAGGACGCCUGGGCUUCCCGCAGGGGUUCCCUCCCGUACAGUCCCCUCCACAGCAGGUGCCAUUUCCACACAACGGGCCCAGCGGUGGACAGGGCAACUUCCCAGCAGGAAUGGGCUUCCACGGAGAAGGACCUCUGGGGCGUCCUACCAACCUGCCCCAAAGUUCGACAGAUCCAGCACUUUGCAAGACUGGAGGCCCUGGCGGUCCAGACUCCUUCACUGUUCUCGGAAACAACAUGCCUUCGGUUUUCACCGAUCCAGAGCUGCAGGAGGUGAUCCGUCCCGGAGCCACGGGAAUACCCGAGUUUGACCUGUCCAGGAUUAUCCCGUCGGAGAAGCCCAGCCAGACACUACAGUAUUUCCCUCGUGGGGAGGUGCCGGGCCGCAAGCAGCCGCAGGGUCCCGGGCCCGGCUUCUCCCACAUGCAGGGGAUGAUAGGAGAGCAGACCCCGAGGAUGGGACUAACAUUGCCCGGCAUGGGGGGCCCCGGGCCGGUGGGAACUCCGGAUAUCCCCCUGGGCACGGCUCCGUCCAUGCCUGGUCACAACCCGAUGAGGCCGCCGGCCUUCCUGCAGCAGGGCAUGAUGGGGCCGCACCACCGCAUGAUGUCACCAGCACAGCCCGCCAUGCCCGGCCAGCCCGCGCUCAUGAGCAACCCCGUGGCCGCCGUGGGCAUGAUCCCGGGCAAGGACCGCGCCCCCGCCGGCCUCUACAGCCACCCGGGCCCCGUGGGCUCGCCCGGCAUGAUGAUGUCGAUGCAGGGCAUGAUGGGACCCCAACAAAACAUCAUGAUUCCCCCCCAGAUGAGGCCCCGAGGUAUGGCUGCUGAUGUUGGCAUGGGAGGAUUUAGCCAAGGCCCUGGAAACCCAGGGAACAUGAUGUUUUAAGCUGCUACCAUAAGACUGGAUGUUCUGAUCCUUGUCAAGAUGAGAUUCCAAGUCCUGAGGGCUUUUUUGGGAGCUUCAGGAGUACAGUUUGGCCAUGCAAUAGGUGAAAAGAGACCAGAGGAUGCUUUGGGAAAUCUCGAAUGUAUGGAAUUACCUGAAAAAAAAAUAUUCAUUUUAACAGGUUGUUUUUUUUUUAAGAUUUAUUUUUUAAAAAUUAUUUUUGUGGACUUGGGUAUCCCGUGACGGCACCUGCUUUGAGAAUCUGUAGCUGUAUUUUGAGAAUUGCCAUUUGUCACAAGUUGCACCAUUCUCUGUAUGUUUACGUCCUUCGGACUGGCUUCUCCCAGGACUCUCGGUUAUUUUUGGGGUUUUUUGUGUACUGUACUAUAUUGUAAAAGGGAUUUUAGCAGAGACUUUAGUCUUUGGGGUGAGAGGAGAAUGGGAUUCUAGGCUGUUUACUUUAGGUGGAGAAUCCAUCUUCAGAACUUCGGACUAUUUUCCUUCAACUCCAAUGUAUAGAAAAACCAAACUACGACCUCAGAGCAGAGUAUUAAUGAAAAGCACAAAAAGGAACUUAAGUUCAGUGAGGGGAAUCUUUUAAAAGAAAUAAAUAAUAAGUUAAGGACAUAUUUUUCAAAUUAUGGCGUGCUGUCCAGCACCUUCUGUCUCUCCCUCCCACUCUUUAUUAAAUAGGCUUCUCUCUCUCUCCGUCCCCUUCUGUCUCCUCCUAUGGCAGCUGCAAUACAUUGUGUUAUUUUGGGGAGUAAAUCUAGGAGAGCCUCUCCUCACGUGGGGACUCUUCCCACUUUUUGGAAGGGGCUGGACUUGGACACUGUUACAUCCUACAGUAGUCUCUCUCACUGUUUCCUAUUCUCCUUUUCUUAGAAACCCCAAGUGAUUUUAUUAAUGUGGGAGUGGAACAGACACUAAAAGUUAUCCAGGAUUUUUUUUUGUGGUUAUUUUUUUUUCCUCCCCAGCGUAAAACGUUCUGUGUAACCUCCAUUAAAUUUGGUACAAAACCACUCGCCAGGGCUGUGGUGUCAGAAAAAUAAAAUAUAUUGUUUCUUACAAAAAUGAACUGUCUCCUUUAUCCAGUCCAGUUGUUUUUGUCCAGAUCAAUCAGCUGGCCAGAUGACUGUUUGCUCUUCCUUUUGAUCACAGCCAGUCUAGAGGCCAGGUGGGCUAAACUUUGACAGCUCCUAAAAGUCUGGUCAAUAGGCAGCUGUGUGCUCCUUUUGAGGCAAUUCUGUUAACUUAAUUCUGACCUGAGCUUGUUUUCCCUUGGAGUGAGGUCUUAUUUCAGAGCACCCCAGGAACUAUACUUACAGACUUCCUCAGUUUGUUGAGGGUCAAGGAACAGAUGAAACUUGUCUCCGUCACUUCCUCCUGGAGAGUGUUUGCAGCCCUGCACGGUGCACGGGUUUGAGCUCCCCCUGAGCAGCAGUGUCCGUCUGCCCAGGCACUGGGAUUGUGUCCCUCUCUGGGGACUGGAUUGGGUCAGGUCUCUGACUGCCAGCACUGAGAGCCUGAGAUGCUGGGGAAGGAUGAACUUUAAUAACAAAGGUGAGAGAGAAAUUGUCAGUGAGCAGAUUUUUAUCAAGACAGCCCUGCUGAGUAAAUUGUUGCUUUGCCACAGUUCUCAUCGAUUGCUUCCUAAUCCCCUGUCUUUUCAAACUUGCCUUUUGAGAGGAUUUCACUGAGGAGGUUUUAUGGUCCUGCUUAUGAGGAGUGAAAGGAUGGCUGACAAAACAUGGAUUGGGAGUUGAGCCCUGCUACUGGAGGAUACCAGCAUGAGCCAGAUAUGGAUCUGUAGGCCAGGGUGUGGGCUCUGUGGCUGGCUGUUCACUGGUCCCCCAGCACUGUAUAUGGAGUGGGUAAUUUGUUCUUCCUUCCACUUACUGCUACUUAAAACUAUUUCAAUGAGUAGUUUCUUCAGAGGGCUGGCCAUUAGUGUGAAAAUUCAUGUGGAGAAUCAGUAUUUUUAACAUGCUUGUGUGUGAGAAUUUUUUAGAGUUAACUGAUCCUUAAGAGGUGGGAAAAGAAUUCCUCUUGGUGGCUGAUUUACUCAACUUUGGUUGCUGGUGUUAUAAAAUGAGUGAAGCCAUGCAAUGUUGGAGGCACGCAAGCCUCAGAGCCUUCUGUUGUCUGCUUCCAAAUUCACCUUUGUGCUGUCAUGCAAAUUUACGAUGAUUUUGGGUGAGAAUUACUCUUUUGACAAAGUGUAGGAUGUCUGUUGUGGUGCUUCCCUCUGACAAGACAGGCAGCGUGAAGCACGGGCUUGUCAAGAUUUUGGAAAGAGAUGACAAUGACACAGUAAGUGUUAUUUCUGUAGAGUGGAAUUACCUCUUCUUUAAGUGGUUGCACAGCUCCCUUUUGAGGACCUUGCAUGAGAAUUGUUACAAUGCAACCUUUUUAAGUGUUGCCACUUCUGCCAUCACUCCUGACUGUUUUUACCAUGUUGAACAAAGCAAAGUUCUUGAUCAACAUAGAAAUGAACAGAAGGUUUUGGGAUUUUUUUAAACUGUCGUAGGGCCUCCUAUGCCUGUUAAGAUUUUGAAUAGCAAAGGAUUUGAGGUGGCUGUGACUUAUUCUAGGAAAAUUAGCAUAGGAAAUUCACUGUUUCAAAGCCACCGAACAGUGAGAGGAUACAUUUUAAACAUACUGUAUAAUUAAAGUUCCUUCUGUGUCUAAUUUAUGAUGCUGGCAUUUGGUAUCUUAGUAAGAUUUUUCCUACAGGAAGUGCAGAAGAUGUGGAUUCUCCUUAGUCCACAUAGGUGCACUCAACCUCAGUGUUUGCACCAGCAGAUGAACAAGAGUUGCUAAGGUCUUAACUGGCUCCAGUUGUGAAAAUGACUGUGUAGAUGUAUGUAGAUGAACUUCUUUGUUUUGCUCUGAUUCCAUUUCUUCCCUUUUUGCUUUGCAAAUGGAAAAGCUUUCUAGCUGUCAGCCUUGUGGAUUCACCUGAGGAUCUGUAAGUCAGGAUCUGUUCCCUCCUGCUCAUCAAUAGUAACUGUGACUCAGCUUUGGUAGUCAUGGUACAGUUGAAGAUGGAAAGUGGGUUGCCAUUUUUAGUUUUCUUCCCCCCCCUCCCAUUUUUUUUUUUUAAGCUUUCAAAUCAUCCUCCUCCACCUUUGUUUGAAAGAAUGAAAUAGACUUUAUUCAUACAUGCUUGGCUGCUCUUCCUCUCUAGUAACAUGGGAGGAAACAGUCUGCUGUUCAAAUUAUCUCAUCCCAGAUGGCUGCGCAGCCGGAGUGUGGAGAGACUUAAAAGGUAAACCCAGCAGAUGGUGAACUUCUGAAAUGCGAAGUAAUGUGCCUGCUAAAUCAAAAGUUUUAAAUA